AUGGGCUGUUCUCCAUUUUGUGUGUUUUCUUGGAGGUUUGCGCUACUUUCCUAAUGGCAAGCUGCGCCUGUGUGUAGCGUGUCCAGUUUAAGUGACUUUGUCAGCUCUAAAGGCAGCUCAGACCCGCAGUCUGGACACAUAAAGUGUUCUUUUUGUGUGUUGUGUUGUGUUUUUGAGCCAUGUAGCCGUGACAGUCGCUUCAGACUCAUCUCCUGAUCCUGAGAGUGUUUGGACUCCACUUUCAACCAAAACAAUGUUGACAGGCGUCCUGUGCAGACAGCUCCACAGCCAGGCAUCUGAAGGAUGGACAAAGGAGGAGUGAAGAAGCUGGUCUACAGAAGAGAUGACCAUUUGAGUAAACUGGUCUACACAGAGAGCUCCGAGGAGAGAGGUGUGUUGAGAGUGGUCCCUCCCAGUGCCAUGUCCAUCGCCUCUGCCGCCUCUAUAAUACUCCCUCCAAGCCCCUUAAUGCAGCCAGCACAGCUCCCAAACGGCUUCAACAACAGCCCCCUUUCAGACAGCCUCUCCUCUCCUUCAGCCACUGUUUCAGUAGGCUCAGCCGACCAAGAGCCCAGAGGCCCAACCAAAGAUCAUAAAAUUCAGUUAGGAUCCAGAGUCCAGGACAGCGCCCAGUCCUCCAUGGAUUCCCUCAUAGGAGGGUCAGAUCCUAACUUUUUCCCCCUGAAAACAGACUUCUCUAUGGAUAAAGGAGAACCAGACCCCAUUGACCUUGACCAUGAUUUUGACCAUAUCGGCAAAGAUAUGGACGUGAGCCAGAAGUUAUUCUGUGAUAACACUCUGGAUCUCCUGCAGGACUUUGAGCUCACUGGGUCCCCGUCAGAUUUUUAUGUUGGCGAUGAUGCUUUCCUGUCCUCUUUGGGAGACGACUCUUUGCUUGGAGAUGUCAGCUCCGACAGAGACACUAAGCCGACUCUUGUCGAGAGCAGCAAUAACUGUGGCACAGUUGCUCUCAACGGCAGUAGCAUAACUAGUCCCGGCCAAACGAGUGCUAGCACAUCCACACCUUCCCCUCUGACCCCUUCAUCCAGUUUGUCUGUUUCAGUGAAGAAAGAGAAAGACUGUGGGCUCAUUCAGCUGAGCACGCCUGGAGUCAUAAAGCAGGAAAAGACGUCUUUAGGCCAGAGUUAUUGUCAAGUUACUGGCACAUCUUCAGCCAGUCUGCCCAGAUCGAGCCCCCUGUCCAUCUGUGGGGUGAGUACGUCAGGGGGACAGAGCUUUCAUUUUGGAGUGAGCACUGAAACGCAGCAGCAGAAGGAUCAGAAGCCUGUGACGACACUGUACCUCCCAGUGACGGCGGUCAGCGGCGCUUGGAACAGAGUCCAGGGAAAUGGCGACACAUCUGGAAUCCACAGAGGAAAUGAGAGUUUCUCCAGCUCUUCAGCUUUUUCCAGUUCUUCCACUCGUAAGGAGAGCAGCAGUGCACCGGCUCCGGCUCAAGGCAAAAGCGGCGCUCAUAAAGUGUGCCUGGUGUGUUCUGAUGAGGCGUCGGGCUGUCACUACGGCGUCCUCACCUGCGGCAGCUGCAAGGUCUUUUUUAAGAGGGCGGUUGAAGGGCAACACAACUACCUGUGUGCGGGCAGAAACGACUGCAUCAUCGACAAAAUCAGGAGGAAGAACUGCCCCGCCUGCCGCUUCCGCAAGUGUCUAAUGGCCGGCAUGAACCUGGAAGCCCGUAAAAUCAAGAAGAAUCGUCUAAAAGGUGUGCAGCAGAGCAACGUGCCCGAAGUGACCCAGACGUCUCCGCCUGUGGAGCCCCGCUCCCUCGUGCCCAAAUGCAUGCCCCAGCUCGUGCCCACUAUGCUGUCGCUGUUGAAAGCCAUCGAGCCUGAGACCAUAUACGCGGGCUACGACAGCACACUGCCCGACACGUCCACCCGCCUCAUGACCACGCUGAACAGACUCGGGGGCAGACAGGUCAUCUCCGCCGUCAAGUGGGCCAAGUCUCUGCCAGGAUUCCGGAGCCUUCACCUGGAUGAUCAGAUGACCCUGCUGCAGUGCUCGUGGCUCUUCCUCAUGUCGUUCGGUUUGGGAUGGCGGUCUUAUCAGCAGUGUAACGGGGACAUGCUCUGCUUCGCCCCGGACCUCGUCAUUAAUGAGGACAGAAUGAAGCUGCCGUUCAUGACUGACCAGUUUGAGCAGAUGUUGAAGAUUUCCAGUGAGUUUGUUCGUCUGCAGGUGUCUCAUGACGAGUAUUUGUGCAUGAAGGUCCUGCUCCUGCUCAGCACAGUGCCAAAGGAUGGUCUAAAGAGCCAGGCUGUGUUUGAUGAGCUUCGGAUGUCCUACAUUAAGGAGUUGGGCAAAGCAAUAGUAAAAAGAGAGGAAAACUCCAGUCAGAACUGGCAACGUUUCUACCAGCUCACCAAGCUUCUGGAUUCCAUGCACGAGAUGGUUGGUGGGCUCCUCAAUUUCUGCUUCUACACAUUUGUGAACAAGUCCCUGAGUGUGGAGUUUCCAGAGAUGUUGGCUGAGAUCAUCAGCAACCAGUUACCAAAAUUCAAAGCUGGGAGUGUGAAAGCACUCCUGUUCCACCAGAGAUGACUGAGUCCUGCCCAAACACAAUGCCUUAAACAUCCACCCCCAUCCACCCGCCCCAGGACAACACGACCCCCGCCCCAGGACAACAACACCCCCCAGUCAGUUUGGUUUCCCCUGACACUGGCGCACUGGUCUGGAUGUUUGUGCAGAGCUGUGAGGGCACAGCUCCUGGCUCUGGUCUGACCGUGCGUCUCAUAGGAAUGAUUUUGUAUAAUCAGACUUAUAGGCUCCAUGUCGUCUCAGGAUUCUUACCUUCAAAUUCCAGACAGAUCUUAAAUAGAUAAGUACUAUCUACAGAGACGUUCUGCUGGUGUUUUCUACAGUUUCAUAUAAUAUCAAUAUUUACCUUUAUUUCAGGUCAUUGUUACCACAGAGAUUAGCAGAGCUUAAUUAAACAUGCUCUUUUAAUUAGACUUUGGACUCUGUUUCUCAUUAGUUUUUAGAGGUUGAAAUGUUUUUAGUCAUAAACAAAAUUAAAAAUCAUGAACAUUUUUGAUACAUGUGACCCACAUGCGUUGAUUUCAAGGAUGAUUUAUCCCAAAAGCAAAACUCUUCCAAGUUUACACAUGUAAAAAGGGAAAAUGAUGUGCCUUUUUGCUUCAAAUAUCAUCCUGUCCAUCUCUUCCUGCUUGUUUGAGGCGUGUCUCAUGUGUGUCCCAGGCGUGUCCCAGACGUGUCCCAUGCGUGUCCCAUGCGUGUCCCAUGCGUGUCCCAUGCGUGUCUCAUGCGUGUCCCAGGCGUGUCCCAGGCGUGUCCCAGGCGUGUCCCAUGCGUGUCCCAUGCGUGUCCCAGGCGUGUCCCAGGCGUGUCCCAGGCGUGCCCCAGGCGUGCCCCAGGCGUGUCCCAGGCGUGUCCCAGGCGUGCCCCAGGCGUGUCCCAGGCGUGCCCCAGGCGUGUCCCAGGCGUGUCCCAGGCGUGUCCCAGGCGUGUCUCAUGCGUGCCCCAGGCGUGUCCCAGGCGUGUCUCAGGCGUGUCCCAGGCGGCGUCUCCGCUCUUGUCCCGUCUACCUUCAUCCACUGAUUGUUCUUGAUAUUCACUUCUUUUCCGUCGCUGUGUUUGUAGAAGCUCCAGCUCAGUCCUCCUCUGGAGAGGUGCAUUAUGGGUGUGAAUAUGGUCGGGGCAGUGUCCCGCGUGCUUCAGGAGUGUGAUGUGAGCACUUUGUGUCCCCCCAAAGGCUUUAAAAGACCUUGUGUUAGUCUUUACAUUUUCUUACCUUUUUCUUCAGAAAUAGCCGCUCUAUUUUAGCCCCUGAUAGUUUAGUGGAAUGUGACAAGAAACCUGCGUCAACCAAUCAGAAAACAGGAGGACUUUCACGUCAUUUGCGUAAAUAUUCUUAGCAUUAUUGUUCUUUUUUUUUAAACAUUGUUCCCACCAAACAAAGCUCUGUCCCAGCUUUGUUUCCGAUUCUGCCGUUCCGUCACAAACGGCAUGUUGUAAAUGACUCACUAUGGGACUUAUGCAUUUUUGUUUUGGUACAUUUGAUAUUGAAGCGUUGUGCAUUAAACUCUCACCAUAGACUCAUUGCACAGUCCACCCUCCUGAACACAGCACUCUGUAGCCACCUGCUGGUCACAUGUCCUCUGUGUCGUAUAUUUGCACAUGUGUCCCGAUGUGAAGCACUUAGCGUUCAGCCCCACCAACAGUGAGCGUCAUCCAGUGCCAAAUUAAUCCUCUCAUCUUCUCAGUAUUUGUGAGUAGAACCCGAUUGUGAAGUGGUAACAAUGGCCCAGUUUAGCCAAUCCUUAAAUCUCUGAAAUCGGUGAUGGAAGCACUUGGACGUGUUGUGGUGUGAUCACAAAGAAUCUCGCUCUGGCUCUUGUUUUAUCAGUGAAGAUUUGAAAUGUGUUGCAAUAUUUUCACCCCGUUAACACCAGCACUCAAAUGAUUCGCCUUUGAAACUAAAUUAUAAGCUUGUGUUUAAGCACAAAAAGACAAAAUGAACUGUGAAUCGUGAAGUCCUGCAGAUCAAAUGUGGCACUUUGUUCAAAUUACAUAAGAAUCUGUCAUGGCGAGUGGCUGCAAAGUAUAAACUGGUGCUUCUGAUUGUUUAAAUAAAUAUAGAGAUGAAUACGUAGCUUUGGGAAUCGUUUCGCUAACACUCAGUAACCAUACGUCAAUCUAAAGGUUUUAAACAUGCUCCGUAUACAACACCUGUCUGUUUGUGCGUCUCUCGUUCUGUUUGAGACGCUGACUUUGGAUUCCUCAGUGUCUGUCUCUGUUUUGUUUUUUUGUUUUUUGUAUUGUUGAUGGACUGUUAAUAGAUCUGAUUGUUUUCUUAAACCCAGCCCGAUGUUCGAGGCUCCGUACGGUGGCCUGACGUUCGAGGCUCCCGUCUUUGUUUCUGGUACAAGUCCAUAAUCUGUGGACUGCCUGCGCGUCACACGUGGGUUACUUUCACAUUCAGUGGAUCCAAAAUCUCUGCUGCUGCUUUUCUGUUUACAGUUAAAUAUUUGAACUCACACACUUGCCUCCUUUCAGACUACCCUCGAUGCGUUUGGCAUUGAGGACUACGAUAUAUGCAAUAGAAAUAACAGUGUUUUAUCUUUAACAUAACAAAACUAUGGCUGCUUCCUGUUUCCGUUUUCACAAUAUAUAAGCUAUUUGAGAUUCACCAUAAACCCUUAUCUCUGCAGGUCAGAUUUUCAGGAAAAACUCAGACUGCACAAAAACCUGUUUAUGUUUUAAGUUUAACAGGCGACCAAAGCAAAGAGAACUCAGCCACUGUAAGCUCUACCACAACUGUACAGCCCGUUUGUGUUCGUACUUUUGUAUUCUAAAGUGACGGCUUUGGUCCAUUUCUGUAAUACUGUGAAUAGGGUAGAAGUCGGUCUUUUUCACUCUAAAAACUGUUUGUGAAAGUAAUCAACCAGCUUCAAUCUAAAAAAUUGCACUACCCAAAUAUUGUUUGAAAAUCUAUUUUGUAUAAAACAUAUGCAGACAUUACCUUUUGGAAAAUUAUCAAGGGCCGAUCAUGUUUCACUGGUUUAUGCUUUCUCUAAAGCUUUGUUUAGCCUAAAUAUGUACAUAUAAUCCAUUGUAAAGAAAUGUGGUGUACUUGUCUCCUGAUAAUAGUUUUUCUAUUCCCUGUGUACUAUUCCUCUAGUGUGAGCCCUGUUCCUCUUUUCCUCCAUUGAUUAAAGGUCGAACUGUU